AUGCAUAAAGCGAGUCAAACACCCUAUAAAGCCAAAUCAUCAACCAAGGCUGAAGCAAAACUCAAAAUCAUGAAGCCCAAAUCGAAGAAAAAUGCCAAGCGAUCAAGGGAACCCCCACCCCCACCUGUUCCUUCUCUUUCGAUAUCCUCCACUAUACCUACAUCAUCAUCCCCUGUUCCUGCUAUUCCUAUCAUCCCCACGUACACUGUAUCCACUCCUCUAAAACCAACCACCCAUGCACCUGAGCUUACUGCGGAAAAUAACUCUAAGUCAACAAAGGUUAAGGCCACUCCAAGAAAAUCUGUCAAGAAAAUAUUUGAUGCUGUUACGCAGGAUGCUACACCCCUAGAUACUCUCCCACCCACGACUGAGAAGCCACAAGUGGAGAAAUUCACUGUAGAAAAGGGUGCAGACGAAGAAAAUCAUAGUGAAGAAGAGGAUGACUCUGAGGGUGAGGAUCAAGAAAAGGUACGUGAGAGUGAAAGAGGUGAUGAAGAGUGUGAGGAAGAAGAUGGGAAUGUGAGUGAGGAAUCGGAAGGUUCCAUGACCAUUGGGAACACUGUUAUAGCCCCUUCAGAAGACACUAGUGAAGACACAAGGGCUCAAGAACAUGGGUCUCUGUUAACUCCUUUCACUAUAGAUGAAGAAGUAAGCAGUGAUAAAGAUGAUGUACCACUAUCUGAGGUUAUUCGGAAUUGA